CUUCGCUGACGUCAAAACAAUUCGCGACAGCGGCCGCGGUUGCUGCGGAGCGGCUGCCGGUGUCCCGGCCAUCCCGGUGUCCCGGCCAUCCCGGUGUCCCUCCCAUCCCGGACCGACCGGCGAUCUUCCUGUACGUCCAUCAAAUUUCACUUUUUGAACCAUGGAGGGAGAACAGAUAAUGGAGGGACAGCCACAGGUUCCGGAAAAUCCUCAUUCCGAAUACGGUCUCACUGAAAAUGUGGAGAGAAUAGUAGAAAAUGAGAAACUAAAUGCCGAGAAAACAUCGAAGCAGAAGGUGGAUCUCCAGUCACUACCCACACGUGCCUACUUGGAUCAGACAGUUGUACCUAUCUUGCUACAGGGACUUGCUGUUCUUGCAAAAGAGAGACCGCCCAAUCCCAUUGAAUUUCUAGCAGCAUAUCUUUUAAAAAACAAGUCACAAUUUGAGGACCGAAAUUAACUCCAUAAAAAUGAGGACAGUUUGGCUGCUAGAUUGAAAUGCUCAUUUGCCGCAAUUUGUUUUCUGCUGUAAAAAUCCUUUGGCCACGUUGUUGUCUUAACUGCACAAUUUGAUUUAUCUUUUGAGUUUAUUUAAUAAAGAAUACUUUACAUUUAAUUGUUCUCUUGUUUUAAAUUAGCUAUUAAGAGACUUUCAAAAUAAAGUACUGAAACUGCA